UUUCCUAAUUUCAAGUCGAGGCUGAGUAAUUCAUGCUGGAGUUGUUGCCCUUUAAGCUUUCACAAAUAGGUAUGCCUUGCAUUGCGAAAGCGCCUCCAGUCGGAUUAUACCGGGUUUUUUCUCGUAGUAUAAUAACGAUAUAUUACGAGGCAUUACUCGUGAUAAAAAUGGAUACAUCGUGUUCACCGAUUUGUGAAGAUAUUUUAAAUUCUAAUUUACCACCAACUUUGACAACUACUACAACUGUUAACAUCCAUGACAUAGACGACGAACUACUAUUUGCGCACGAGGAAUCUCAGAGAAGUGGAUCUAUCAUUCCAUUACUAAAACAAGAAUUAAAAUGUAAAAUUCAGUCUCGGCGUUUGACAGAAGGCAAAGAAGAACUUUCGUUGACAGAAAGUACAUCUUCCAUCCAGUCAACAAAGUUAAGUGCUGAAGAAAUGGAGAGGAAGCGGCGUCGUAGGGAUCAGAACCGAAGAGCUGCUAAGACAUUCCGCCAGAAAGAAAAAGAGCGAAUUGAUCAUAUUCAGCAGGAAAUAGAGGUCCUCGAACAGAAAAAUGGACUUUUAAGACGAAAACUCUCUGAUCUUGGCAAUGAGCGCAAUGAUCUCGUCCUCGCUUUGCGAACACACAUGUGCUGUUUCCACGUCAGCGAUUUCUACACGAAUAUCCCUGUACCAUGACAUCAUGACAGUGAGAAGACGACACAAAUGGCAAGCGUUAGAAUUCUUCUGUUUCCACGUCAGCGAUUUCUACACGAAUAUCCCUGACGUCAUGACAGUGAGACGAAGACACGAAUGGCAAGCCUUACAGAUCUUCUAUUUUCACGUUAAUGAUUUGUACUGAAAUAGUCCAGUACCAUGACGUCAUAACAAUUAGAAGAGGACACCAAUUGCAAACCGUAUUACCGAACUUUGAAAACCAGAUGACAUAGUAUAAUUCACAAUCUUUGAAAAGAUUGCAGCUAUGUUGCAGAGAUGGUUUUGGAGUAUUGAGAAAGAAUAAUGUGCCACACGUGCAGGCUGCAUUUGUGACAAAAUGGAAUGCAGCCCCAAUGAUGACAAAUAGGUCUACAUUUACAUGUCGCCAUGUCGUCAGUUUACACUAUAAUGAAUAUGGUGAAACCUAAUUAAUGCAUGAAUAGACAACCAAUUUUUUGUUGUUGUUGUUUGUUUGUUUUUUGUUCAUGAAGCAAAAUGCUACAUUUUUGCAUAUUAUUUUAAAUAAAUACUUUUGAU